UACAUUCACGUGUGUACUGCCAUAGAUAUCAGCAUUAUCGACUCCCCUCGGGCUCUCUACGUUACCAGAGAGAGGUGCGCAGCAGACGAAAAGGGAUUGUGCAACGCGAUUGAUUCAACGAAAAAGCGCGCCCGUAUCGGCAGAUGACGCAUACCAAGGACAGAUAAGAAUGGCACGACCGAUUUCGUCAUCACGUCAGCACGUGUUCCGUCAACGUUGGCGGGGGCACUCGGCUGCGGUCAGUCGUCCGCGUCAGUCCGCGUCACGUCGCGAGCGAGAAAGCCGGAGAGAGCUGCGCGGGAUCCCCAGAUGCAACGGUCAGUCACAUCCGGCGACGCAUACGGCCGCAGCCUAUCAAAGUUGAAGCAAGCAGCAACGAACCACGAUUCUCCAAGGACUGCCGCUCGGUGCGCGACUCCGGUGCCCCUAAAUCUAUUCCUCGUAACGCGACGGAAGCCAAGGCACUGAAAAUGCGCAUCAUAUUUGUAAAAUUCCGCGAGAUCUCGCAAAAGUACCCAAUUGUACGAGGCAUGGCGUCCUACUUAAUGAUAUGGCCAGCCGCAAACCUGUUGCAACAGAAGAUAAAAGGCAACGAAGAGUUUAACUACGGGGAGGCUGUGCGAUUCAGUCUGUAUGGUAGUCUUUAUGUAGCGCCCACGUUGUACUGCUGGCUGAAAUGCGCGUCUCACUUCUGGCCGAAAGCGGAUUUGAAGUCUGCGAUCACUAAGGCUCUGGUUGAACAAGUUACGUACAGUCCCGCAGCUAUGUGUUCCUUCUUCUUUGGCAUGAGCCUUCUUGAAUUAAAGCCAGUUUCGGAAUGCAUCGACGAGGUCAAAAUUAAGUUUUGGCCAACAUACAAGAUUGCCAUUUGUGUAUGGCCAAUUCUACAAACCAUCAAUUUCAUUCUAAUCCCAGAGCGAAAUCGCGUUGUAUACGUGAGCGUGUGCAGUUUGGUCUGGACGUGUUUCCUUGCAUACAUGAAAUCCCUCGAAACUAAGCAGAAGCAAAUGGAGCUGGUAAAUAAUGUUAAUCCCAAGAUGAUAUCGGAGACUAAAGCGCAAACCAACGAGAAAGCCAGUCAUAUGCAAAUUUCUUUAUUACGAUGAAAGUUUUAGGAAAUUAACUUGUU